CCCCUUAUCCCCUCUCGCCCUCGUCCCGGCAAAAGCUUCAGUUUUCCACCGCUCUUCGCCAAUGGCUUCCUCCACUGUCGCCUCCGCCCCCUUCCUCCCGUCGCUCCCCAGUCCAAACCACAGGCGCCUCUCCCUUCGCUACCCCGCUCGCCGUCUCGGGGUGGCCGCCUCCGCGGCUCCUAAGGGCGCGGCAGCGUCGGAGGCGGCGAGGGAGCGCCGGCGUUUCCUGGAGCGUUACGGCCUCAACCCUGACGACUUUGAGGAAGAUGCCGAGCCGGAUCCCAGGGAAGAGAGGAGGAGGGAGAGGCGGACGCGGCGGUCGGGGGGAGGGGAGGGGGAGGCCGCUGUUGCUCCUGCCAGGCCGGUGGAGCGCCGGGAGACUCAUAAGAUGCUCCAGGUACUAGCUGGGAAAGUACGCAGAAGAAAACUACUAUCACCAAAAGAUAGGAAUGUCCGUCCGAUGAUGGAAGUUGUCCGAGGAGCAGCCUUUGACAUUAUACAAUCAGCUGGUGGUUCUCCUGCUUCACUCAAACCUGGUCUGUGGUUAGACUUGUACAGUGGUACUGGAUCUGUAGGAAUUGAAGCUAUGAGCCGAGGCUGUUCACAGGCACAUUUUGUUGAGUUGGACCCUUGGGUUAUUUCUGAGGUUCUUAGACCUAAUCUGGACUGUACUGGAUUUCUUGAUACUUCGCACAUACAUAUGCUCCAUGUCGAGAACUUCUUGGACAAUGCUGAAAAAUCUAAAGGUAGAUAUCCUUCUUUUGAUUAUAUUAGUGUAACACCACCAUAUGUUGAGGUCAACUACAGUACACUACUCGAUCAGCUUGCAAGGUCCCCGUUGGUUGGAGAAGAUUGCUUCAUUCUAGUUGAGUACCCACUCAAAACAGAUAUGCCUGAAUCCUGCGGAAAGCUAAUAAAGAUAGCUGACAGGAAGUUUGGGCGGACAAACCUGCUGAUUUAUGGGCCGACCUGGUCAGAGAAAAAGAAAGGAAGGAUCCUGAGAUAAUUUGUGCAACACUGACGCAUGUUUUGCACACAAGUGCCCAUUUUGCAGACCAGUACUCUCUCGGAAGACCGUAUAUUAUGAACAACACCAAGCAAAGUUGGCGCUUCGGUGCUACUGAGAUCAUCAGUGCGCACGGCGAUUUCUCCUGUGAAUUUCCUACCGGCGCUAACCCACCCAGCGGGCCAACACGAAGAUGUCAUCUCACCUAGGGGAGUAAAAUCCUCCCAUUCUGGUUGGCAUAUCCAAAUCACGUAAGAAAGAAGGCCCUCUCCUUUGCAAGGCAUCAGGCCAUUACGAUGUCGCGUUUCAUCAGCACCGUCCGGUAGGGGCACACCCCCCUGUACCUUGAUGUACACCCCCUGUACCUUGAUGUGCGCAAUGGCUCGCAGCUCGACUCCAUAUAUGGUUCAGCCUACCCACCUCAUGCUUCAGGGGAGUUUAUUUCCACCGUGCGGAGAUGCAUUCGGCAGGCUGACUCUUAUCUGUACCGUUUAGGCUCAGACGUGGUCUGUAUCUCUCCGUAGAAUGAUCAUGGUGCCUGGCCAAUGAAGGAAAAUGAGUUGGCCUUUUGUAUUUCGCCA